AUGAAGAAUACGAACCUGUUCUGGUUUGUGGCCGGUUACAAGAAAUCGGUUUCGACAAAAGUGAUAAAAUUCCGGUACAGUAGCUUCGGUUCCGGGGAAGAGGGAGCUAAAACCAGCCGGAGGUGGAGAUUUCCGACGAACGGCGGAGGGAAUCGGAGGAAGAUAAGAGGGAUGCAAUGUUUGGGAGAAAUUGACCCGGCCCGAUUAGGGUUUGCAGAAAUAGGUUUGGCAGCUUUUUCUGGUUUAUAUGAAUGAACCUACAAAUCGGGCAUCUCAAUCUUUUAUUAUGACGUCACCCAAUUUG